AUGCAGGAAGUAAAUGAAAGAAAAAUGUCAACAAUCACAAAGAAUGAUAAUGUUUUGGAUUUGGUUAAGAUCAAAGUUAGAUUAGAUGAACAUUUUUAUAUAUUCUCUCGUUUCAUGAUAAGCAGAAUGUUAACAUUGUCUAGAAUAAAAAAAUUAGAUGCCAUCUAAAUCGCCAAAGACAUUAAAAAAUAAUUAAUAGAUAGGAAUUCUCUUGAAAUUAUUAUUAUCUUUUAGACAAUGAAUAAAUUAGGAUAUUAGAAUAACAUCCAAAAAUAUCAAAUGGUUUCAAAUUUCUAUCGACACAGAACUCCUAUGAUCAUCAUCAUUUUUGGUGCCCCAAGCAUAGGAAAAUCUCUAUUAGCAAAUAACUUAGCAGAAAGACUUAAUAUCUCAAAUGUCUUACAAACUGAUAUUGUGGAAAUGGUUAUGAGGAGUAUAAAUCCAGAGUAAUCCACUUAUGAUGAAAAUGAAGAUUUCAUUCCUAAAUUUAAGAAAAAUUGCAGAUUGAUCAGAAGAGGAGUUUCAACCGAUAUAUCUAAAUGUUUAUCUGAGGGCAAAGCAGUCAUUAUUGAAGGAAGUGCAGCAAUGCCAGAAUAUUAUUUAGAAGCUAUUGAUCACUCAGAUCCUGAGGAUGAUCAACAAUAAUUUCAAUUAAUUGAAAGCUUCACUUAAAAUGAUAUUAAACUCAAAAAACCUCAAAGAAAAGAUUUGUUACUUUUUAAUUAAUAGAAAAAAUUAAACACACAAUUUAAAAUCAUCUUCCCAUAACCAGAUUUAGAUGUAGAAGAUGAAUAAAAAGUUCAAAAACUAUUAAAAUUAAGCAAAGAUUUGGAUAAGAUUGAUUAAUCUCAUUCAAUGAUUUUAGGUUUCUUGCCAAUCUUAUCUAAAAAUGACCACUUAUAUAAUAUUGAAAAUAACACAAUUAAAAAGAUACCAAAAGACUUAAUCGAGGAAAAAUUAAAUUAAUUUUAAUCUAUUCAAAAUGAACUAUUAAAAUAAAGAAAUAAAUGCAUUCUCUUACCUAUUAAUCUACAUAAUUUAGAAGAAACACUAGACACGAUGCAUGAUAUCAUAUUAUAAAAAAUAUUAGAUCAAUCCACUGGAUAUAAAAGGUGA